AUGCCCUCGAGUCUAAGACGAUGCGCCCGCUUGGAGCAAGGCUGUCUGGGACAAAUGGGAUCGAUGCAACUCAAACUGGACAGGGUCGAUUUCUGCGGUCCAAAACUGAGGAAAUGGUCUUUCGGUCAGACAAAACCGAUCAUGCGCAGCCAUUUUAGGCCACAUGUACACCUUUGCUCGCCCGACGGCCCAAAACUGUCCGCCUGCGGCUUGCCUGUC